AUGAAGACACCACAGUUGGGCUUGGCUUUGUGGUUGCUGCUUGUCCAGCCUGGGCUGAUGUUCUGGGCCUCUCAGGUGAUUCAGAACUGUGACAAUGGCAGCUACGAGAUCAGUGUUCUGAUGAUGAACAACUCAGCCUUCCCAGUGCCCCUGGAAGUCUUGAAAGAAGUGGUCAACGUUGGAUUGGUAAGAGUGAGGGAGCUCCUGCAAAAUGCUGGUAUAAAUGUGACUGUGAAUGCUAGAUUUAUCUAUUCAGAUUCUUGGAUUUAUAAGUCAAGUGACUGCCGGAGUAGCACCUGUGAAGGUCUGGACCUUCUCAGGAAAAUUUCAGAAGACAAACAGAUGGGCUGUGUCCUCUUGGGGCCCUCAUGCACAUAUUCCACCUUCCAGAUGUACCUUGACACAGAAUUGAACUAUCCGAUGAUUUCAGCGGGAAGUUUUGGAUUGUCAUGUGACUACAAAGAGACCUUAACCAGGCUGAUGUCCCCAGCUAGGAAGUUGAUGUACUUUUUGGUUGACUUUUGGAAGGUCAAUAAUCUGCCAUUCAAAACUUUUUCCUGGAACACUGCAUAUGUUUACAAGAACACUACAGAGUCUGAAGACUGUUUCUGGUACCUUAAUGCUCUGGAGGCUGGAGUUUCCUAUUUUUCUGAGGAACUGGGCUUCAAGGAUGUGUUAAGACGAGAUGACCAGUUUCAGGAUAUCUUAAUGGAUCCAAACAGGAAAAGCAAUGUGAUUGUUAUGUGUGGGACACCCAGUAUCAUCAACUCCCUUAAGGGUGACCGGCCAGUGGCUGAAGACACUGUCAUCAUUCUAGUGGAUCUAUUCAAUAACGUGUACUUUGAGGAAAACGUUACAGCCCCUGACUUUAUGAAAAAUGUCCUUGUGCUAACACUGCCUCCUAUAAAUAGCUCUUCUUCCUCCAAAGACCUAGCACUGACAGAAAAUGACUUUUCUCUUGCUUACUUGGAUGGAGUCUUGCUCUUUGGACAUAUGUUGAAGAUGUUUCUUGAAAAUGGAGAAAGCAUGGUUACCUCCAAAUUUGCUCAUGCUUUUAGGAACCUCACAUUUGAAGGAUACUUGGGUCCUGUGACUUUGGAUGACAGUGGUGAUAUUGACAAUACUAUGGUGCUUCUGUAUACCUCUGUGGAUACCAACAAAUACAAGGUUCUUUUGACUUAUGACACUCAUACAAAUAGUACUGAACCAGUGGAUAUAAGACCAACAUUCAUCUGGAAGAACCAUAAACUUCCAAAUGAUAUUCCAGGCCUAGGUCCUCAUAUCCUAAUGAUUGCAGUCUUCGCGCUUACUGGAACUGUGAUUCUGCUCCUGCUCAUUGCUCUCCUGGUGCUGAGAAAAUACAAAAGAGAUAAUGAACUUCGUCAGAAAAAAUGGUUCCACAUUCCUCCUGAAAAAAUCCUUCCUCUGGAGACCAAUGAGACCAAUCAUAUUAGCCUGAAGAUCGAUGAUGACAAGAGACGUGAUACAAUGCAGAGACUACGACAGUGCAAAUACGACAAAAAGCGAGUGAUUCUAAAAGAUCUCAAGCACAAUGAUGGUAAUUUCACUGAAAGACAGAAGAUAGAAUUGAACAAGUUGCUUCAGAUUGACUAUUACAACCUGACCAAGUUCUACGGCACAGUGAAGCUUGAUUCUAUGAUCUUUGGCGUUGUUGAAUACUGUGAGAGAGGAUCCCUCCGGGAAGUUUUAAAUGACACAAUUUCCUACCCCGAUGGUACAUUCAUGGAUUGGGAGUUUAAGAUAUCUGUCUUGUAUGACAUUGCUAAGGGGAUGUCAUAUCUGCACUCCAGUAAGACAGAAGUCCAUGGUCGUCUGAAGUCCACUAACUGUGUAGUAGACAGCCGAAUGGUGGUGAAGAUCACUGAUUUUGGCUGCAAUUCCAUUUUACCUCCCACCAAAGACUUGUGGACAGCCCCAGAACACCUUCGCCAAGCCAACGUCUCUCAGAAAGGAGAUGUAUACAGCUAUGGGAUCAUCGCCCAGGAGAUCGUUCUGCGGAGAGAAACCUUCUACACAUUGAGCUGCCGGGACCAGAAUGAGAAGAUUUUCAGAGUGGAGCAUUCCAUAGGACUGAAACCCUUCCGCCCAGAUCUGUUCCUGGAAACAGCAGAGGAAAAAGAGCUAGAAGUGUAUCUACUUGUAAAAAGCUGUUGGGAGGAGGAUCCAGAAAAGAGACCAGACUUCAAGAAAAUUGAGAAUACACUAGCCAAGAUAUUUGGCCUUUUUCAUGACCAAAAAAAUGAAAGUUAUAUGGACACCUUGAUCCGACGUCUACAGCUAUAUUCUCGAAAUCUGGAACAUCUGGUAGAGGAAAGGACACAGCUGUACAAGGCAGAGCGGGACAGAGCUGACAGACUUAACUUCAUGCUGCUCCCAAGGCUAGUAGUAAAGUCUCUGAAGGAGAAAGGCAUUGUGGAGCCUGAACUAUAUGAGGAAGUUACAAUUUACUUCAGUGACAUUGUGGGUUUCACUACUAUCUGCAAAUACAGUACUCCCAUGGAAGUGGUGGACAUGCUCAAUGACAUCUAUAAGAGUUUUGACCACAUUCUCGAUCACCAUGAUGUCUACAAGGUGGAGACCAUUGGUGAUGCCUAUAUGGUGGCUAGUGGUUUGCCUAAGAGAAAUGGAAACCGGCAUGCAAUAGACAUCGCCAAGAUGGCCUUGGAUAUCCUCAGCUUUAUGGGGACCUUCCAGCUGGAGCAUCUUCCCGGCCUGCCAAUAUGGAUCCGCAUUGGAGUCCACUCUGGUCCCUGUGCUGCAGGAGUGGUGGGGAUCAAGAUGCCUCGGUAUUGCCUAUUUGGAGAUACUGUCAACACAGCCUCCAGGAUGGAAUCCACUGGCCUUCCCUUGAGAAUUCAUGUGAGUGGCUCCACUAUAGCCAUCCUGAAGAGAACCGAGUGUCAGUUCCUGUAUGAAGUGAGAGGAGAAACAUACUUAAAGGGACGAGGAACUGAGACCACCUACUGGCUGACCGGGGUGAAGGACCAGGAGUACAAUCUGCCAGCCCCUCCAACUGUGGAGAAUCAACAGCGCUUGCAAGCAGAAUUUUCAGACAUGCUUGCCAACUCUUUACAGAAAAGACAGGCUGCAGGGAUAAGAAACCGAAAACCAACAAGGAUAGCCAGCUACAAAAAAGGGAGUCUGGAAUACUUGCAACUGAACACCACAGGCAAGGAGAGCACCUAUUUUUAA